UGUCCUACUUUUCUGAAGUCAAGGAGUACUCACAUAAAGAGCAACUUGUUCAGUGACAGAAAAGGUCAUUUCUGCUGGCCAAGCACUUGGAAAGGAGACAGGAAGCAUAUUAUUUUUAAAAGCUGAGAGAGUCGGAAAGCAUCGCGGCGAGCAGCUGCCGGUAGAGAUGGGUUCUGCCUCCUCCAGCUCCCAGUUCACCUCCAGCCGGGUGCUAGCUCUGGCAGCCCUGGCGCUCGUCCUACUGCUCUGCCUGGGGCCAAAUGGCACAAGAGCAAACAAGCUCAAGCUUAUGCUUCAAAAACGAGAAGCAUCUGAUCCAACUAAGACAGAGGUUUCAGUAGGUGAAAACAAAGCAAAGGAAUUUUUAAGCAACAUGAAACGCCAGAAACGCCAGCUAUGGGACCGAAGUCAGCCAGAUGUACAGCAGUGGUACCAGCAAUUUCUCUACAUGGGUUUUGAUGAAACUAAAUUUGAAGAUGAUGUUACUUACUGGAUAAACAGAGGCCGGGAUGGCCAUGACUACUAUGGAGGUUACUACCAGCGUCAUUAUGAUGAAGAUGCAGCCAUUGGACCUCGGCAUCCCCAUGCCUUCAGGCACGGAGCCAGUGUCAACUACGAUGAUUACUGAGUGCCCUUUCUGAUGCUCUGGAUCAGGCACUUCGUUUUGUUUUUAAAUUCAUCUCACAGGGUUGUUGUGAGGAUCAAAGGCAAUAAUGUGUAUGCAAAGCACUUUGCAAACCAUAAGCACCAUAUAAACGUGAGCUGUUAUUAUUCCUGUUUUACUAGUGUGUUUUGAAAAGAUUUUUGCUUGUUAUAAAUCUAGCCACUGCCAAACAACAAAAAAAAAAUCUCAUCCGUGUCCUCCUAUAAGUUCAACAAGAGUGGUCCACUCCACAUACUGGAGGACUUCCUCAUUUUUUCCUGUCAUUGGGAGGAAGAAAUGAAAUUAUACAAGAAGUCUAAAAAGUUUAAUCUUAAGGCAGUAUCUUAAGACUGCCCUAAGACUUUUGAGACACGCUGUGUAUUAAUUUUAAAGAAAUAACACUAGUGUUUUAUUUGCUUCUGUGUCCCUGUUUCUUGUGUAUAUCUUUUAUCAUAUUUUGUUGCUUCUUUUUAAAAAAAUAUAAUCAUAGUCAGCAAGUAUAUUGUUGUUCUGAUAUUGUAUCGUUCAUUCUACAUCUCUUUCUAUAGAUCUUGCCGUGUUUGUACUCUUAUAUUUGUCACUUCUGAAUGGCACAAUAAUUCAUUCUGAUGUAUUUUCUAUCUCCUGCUAUAUUUCUGUUUUAUUUUAAUCCGUAUAUAGCUUUCUCUUUAUGACUCUAAUGCAAUUGCUAAAGAACAAUAGAAAUGU